GCCUUUUUUUUUUUUCAAUCAAAGAAAUCAAUCCUCCCCAAAGAUUCACGAAUAUAUCAUCGAUAUAUAUCGUGUAUUAAACAUUUAUCGUUUAGAGCGUGGGUAACCCGAUCGUGCAAUACGAUGGAAAAUUCACCAUUUCCGAUUUCCAUGCCAACGCGGAUGAUUUCAUGAACGUGGACUUCCCUUACGAGAAAGACGAUGAAUUCUAUUUCGGGGAAGAGGAGAUCGAGGAGAUGGUGCCGUACGACGAAAUCUACGAUUACGAACCGAUCGGUCUCGAGGAUAUCCUCCGCGGUAUUUGCGAAUGUAUGGAGCCGGUUAUCGAACGCAUACCUACUCCCCCGCCCAUCGACCCUUUCAUCGAGUUUCUGGAUAGAAUGAAACAGGAGGUGAAGGAUGGCACUCUGGAUACGUAUUUUCUCGUGAAGGGGAUCGGCCCACCCGUCUCGGAAAAUCGUAUUACGGCGGUUGGCCUGUGGCUGGCGGAUUGCGCUCGUCGCCAAGAAGGGCUGGUCGGGCCGCGGAAUAUCAGGCACUUCCUUUGUCCGGAUCUCGACGAUCACCUUUACGACAACCUUCCGACUUGUUGCAAUCGAUAGCCCUCGAUUGUCACGAUGUCUACCGUAUGCAUAAUGUAUGUAACUGUUCGUUCGAUGAAAGAAAGAAAAAAAAGUAUACACGUAUCGUAUCCAUCCAUCUGUUAUCGUGUCUUCGUCGAAUUUUCUUCUUGCUUGGGAAGGGAGACGCGGAAAGAGACACGUGUUGCUGCGGGG